GGCGAGCAGUACUACCGGGAUGCCAUGGAACAGUGUCACAGCUACAACGCGCGCCUGUGCGCGGAGCGCAGCGUCCGCCUGCCCUUCCUGGAUUCCCAAACCGGAGUCGCCCAGAGCAACUGCUACAUCUGGAUGGAAAAGCGGCACCGCGGGCCAGGUUUGGCCGCCGGGCAGCUGUAUUCCUACCCGGCACGCCGCUGGCGGAAAAAACGCCGCGCGCAUCCGCCGGAAGAUCCGCGCCUUUCCUUCCCGUCCAUUAAACCAGAUUCCGACCAGGCGCUGAAGAAGGAAGGGUUGAUGUCGCAGGAUGGGAGCAGCUUGGAAGCGCUGCUCCGGACCGAUCCCUUGGAAAAACGGGCCCUGCCGGAUCCGCGCCUUGACGACGACAGCCUGGGAGAAUUCCCAGUCACCAACAGCCGGGCGCGGAAGCGGAUUCUGGAGCCGGAUGAUUUCCUGGAUGAUCUGGAUGAUGAAGACUACGAGGAAGACACGCCGAAGCGGCGAGGGAAGGGGAAGGCCAAGGGCAAAGGUGUCGGAGGGGCUCGGAAGAAACUGGACGCAGCCAUUUUGGAAGACCGGGAUAAACCCUACGCUUGCGACAAUAGUUACAAACAAAAGCAAAACUUGAAACCUCCCGACCGAGUCUGCGGGAAGCGCUACAAGAACCGGCCCGGCCUGAGUUAUCACUACGCCCAUUCCCACCUGGCCGAGGAGGAGGGGGAUGACAAGGAUGAUUCCCAACCGCCCACUCCGGUCUCGCAGCGCUCGGAACAGCAGAAAUCCAAGAAGGGUCCCGACGGAUUGGCCCUUCCCAACAACUACUGCGACUUCUGCUUGGGAGACUCCAAGAUCAACAAGAAAACGGGACAGCCGGAAGAGCUCGUCUCCUGCUCCGACUGUGGACGCUCGGGCCACCCGUCGUGCCUGCAGUUCACGCCGGUGAUGAUGGCGGCGGUGAAGACCUAUCGCUGGCAGUGCAUCGAGUGCAAGUGCUGCAACAUCUGCGGCACCUCCGAGAACGACGAUCAGCUGCUCUUCUGCGACGACUGCGACCGCGGCUACCACAUGUACUGCCUCACGCCCCCCAUGUCGGAGCCGCCGGAAGGGAGUUGGAGCUGCCACUUGUGUCUGGAUCUACUGAAGGAAAAAGCCUCCAUUUACCAGAACCAGAAUUCCUCUUGAUCCGGCUCCGCUCGGUGGGAGAAA